AUGAAGACGAUCGUGUGUUGCGUGCUGUCUGUGAAUUUCAUUCAACUAGUGAUUGGUUCUGGUUUUUACAUUGAUAAUGGAAUCGAUCAGACCGUUCGGGAGAAAAGUGUUGCGCUGCAGGAACGGCAAGAGAUUGAACAUGAAAUAUUGGAGCUGUUGGGACUUCCCGAUCGUCCCAAUACACAGCACGUCCAUCCUUCGUUAAGCAAUGGAGGACGAAAAAGACGGAAGCGAUCAGGGACAUCCGACGGUAGUAAUCUGUUCACGAUCGCCGAUGAACGGGCCAUCGGGGAGAGUGAUGUGAUUAUGUCCUUUCUGAACAAGGACGCGCGAUCUAAGCUUCCGAAGAUACAUCAUCGUCGUGGUGGGCAGCGGCUGUGGUUCGACACGUCGGAAAUGGCAGCCGGCAACGAUAAUCAACUGCUGUACGCGAGUUUGCGGAUGUAUAAGAACCGCAGUGCCAUCCGGCCCUGGAACGCACUGAUCAAUGGAAGGCAGAUCGUUGUGCAAGCAUCUCUAAUAGGUGGGUUCGAUGCGGUGAAGGAUAGUCAUCGAUUGGAGUACAUUGCGAAGCAGGUCAUACCGUACAACUACGAAGGUUGGGUCGAGAUCAAUGCUACUCAGGCCAUGCACCGAUGGAUCGUCGAAGGCGUUAACAAUAAGGGAAUCUUCGUGGAAGUGUAUUACGCGGAAAGUCUCCGAAAACUCGUCCUACCCCAUGAGGUGGGUUUAAUUUUGUCAAACAAAUUUGGCCGUUAUCAACCGUUUCUGGUUGGUUAUUGUAAAGGAGCGGAGCUAGUGAAACCGGUAGUACACGCGGUCGGUAAACGAUCCAAACGAAGCCUCAAGCGAAAGGGCACCAGACGCACUGAGCGUGUACGCAAUCCAUUCUUGCAGCGAUAUGGUGGACCAGGUCGUCACAAAAAUUGCCAGAUACAGACACUCUACGUGAGCUUUCGCGAUUUGAACUGGCAAGACUGGAUUAUUGCUCCCGAUGGAUUUGGGGCAUAUUUCUGCUUCGGUGAGUGCAACUUUCCGCUCAAUACGCACAUGAAUGCUACGAAUCAUGCCCUUAUCCAGACACUGGUGCACCUCAUGCACCCUACGCGCGUUCCUAAACCGUGCUGCGCUCCAACAAAACUAAACCCUAUCUCGGUACUGUACCACAUCGAUGAUGCUAAUAUCAAUUUGAAAAAGUACAAAAAUAUGGUGGUCAAAAGCUGCGGCUGUCUGUAG